CUUGCGCGCUGCUUCAGCAUCAGCAAUUCAGCACGGUCGGCGAUGCUCGUAGCGUGGUAGACUGUGGUAGAUCGUGAGCUGUCGUGUAUUCCGCAUGCGACUUUAAAAUUAAUCCCUCGUGACAAUUACGUGACAAUGACGGAUGGCACCGAGAACAAGUAUCCGGCUGCUUUUAGUUCCACAUCUGAUUCAGCCAAGACCAGUACCAGCACGGCGGGUGCAGUGGUCUUAUACUCAACCGCACAAGCAUGGCGAGCCCAGUUCUAUCGCAGUCUCACACGCACCGGCAUCUCGGAAUCGUCAGACGAAGAGGAGGAAGAUUUCUCUCAAUACCAGUUUGAAGAUGACCUCAAGUAUCUUAGGUCGCUCGAUCCAAAGAACUGGAAAGAUCAGGACCAUUACGCCGUUCUAGGCUUGAAAAAUCUCAGGCAUCGAGCGACAGAAAAUCUCAUCAAGAGAGCCUAUAAGCAGAAAAUAUUAAAACACCAUCCCGACAAGCGCAAAGCAAUGGGUGAAGAGAUCCGGCCAGACGACGACUAUUUCACGUGCAUAACUCGCGCCUGGGAGACUCUGGGUAGUCAAGCGAAGAGACGAAGUUACGACAGUGUGGAUCCUUAUUUUGACGAUAGUUUGCCGGACGAAAAGGAUUGUCGGUGCGAUUUCUAUACGGUGUUAGGCAAAGCAUUCAAGGACAACUCACGGUGGUCCGUGAAAAAGCCUGUGCCACAAUUGGGUGGCCCGUACGCGGUGCGUGAGAAAGUUGAGAACUUCUACACAUUCUGGUACGACUUUGAGUCGUGGCGCGAAUACUCAUAUCUCGACGAAGAGGAUAAGGAGAGCGGUCAAGAUCGGGACAUGCGUAAGUGGAUUGAGAGGAAGAACAAAGCAACGAGAGCAAAACGAAAAAAGGAAGAAAUGGCACGAAUACGCAGCUUAGUAGACAUGGCGUACAACAUAGACCCUAGAAUAAAAAAGUUCCAGCAGGACGACAAGGAUAAGAAAAAUGCCGUGAAAAGAGCGAAGCAGGAGGCCGCGAAGGCCAGACAGCAAGAGGAAGAAAGAAUAGCGCGGGACGCGGCGGAGAAGGAAAGAUUGGAGAAAGAGAAACGAGAAUCCGAGGAGAGGGCGAGGCAAGACGCGUUAAAACAGGAGCGAGAGGUGCAGAAAAAGGCGUUACGUAAGGAGAGAAAAGCGCUCAGAGACUUUUGCAAGGCGAAUAAUUAUUUCGCCGAGAAUUCGACAGAAAAUAUCCGGCAUAUGGAGAGCGUACAGAAGAUAUGCGAACUGUUCAAACUGGUGCAGCUGGAGGAGGUGAUGAAAAAACUGCAAGCCGACGGCAGAACAGCAUUUCUCAACAUCGUUGACGAGACGGAGCGGAUAAUCGAGGCCGAAAGACGCGUCAAUGUAAUCAACAACGAUACUAGAAACACGCCCGAAAAGCAAACCAAGUCCUGCACGGCACCUUGGAGCGAGAACGACUUGCAAUUGUUGAUAAAGGCGGUUAACCUAUUCCCCGCCGGUACUAAUCAACGCUGGGAAGUGGUGGCGAAUUUCAUCAAUCAACACAGCAGCGGUCCCAGCAGCGGAGUCACUCGCGACGCUAAGGAGGUUCUGGCGAAGGCCAAGAGUCUACAGUCGACCGACUUUAGUAAAUCCAGUCUGAAGGAGCAAGCGAAUAAGAAGGCCUUCGAUAACUUUAUUGCCGAGAAAAAGAGCAAGGACGCGAUCGAGGAGAGGAUGCCAGCUGUCACGGAACGUCUGGAUCAUCCGAUCGCGAAUGGCGUUACCAUCGAGCCCAAAGAGCCAAAGAAGGAAUCGACGCCGUGGACGCCAGCGGAACAGAAACUCCUGGAGCAAGCACUAAAAACUUAUCCUACCACGGUCCCGGAUAGAUGGGAUCAGAUUGCAUCGUGUAUACCCAGCAGAACGAAAAAGGAGUGCAUGAAGAGGUAUAAGGAAUUGGUGGAGCUCGUGAAAGCGAAGAAGGCGGCGCAAGUGAUGAAAUAAUAUUAACUACGCUCUAAGCUCGAAAUUUCCUAACUUAUUCAAUUCUAGGUAACUAUAAUUCCAAUGAGUGACGGCCAAAACGUUCCUUGAGAGAUUCAAACCAGGGAUUAUGAUUGUAAUGGGAAUUCAAAACUAGAACAAGACGAGGGUGUUAGCUUGCUCAUAGAGUGCCAGUUUGCAUGCAUACCUGUGCCUUGCCGAUACGUGCACGAGCUAGUUGCACGGCAUACGGUAAAAUUCGAGAGUAUUUUGUUCGACGGAUUAUGUGGCCACGUUUUAUUCCCACAUAUUCUCCACUCACUGAAUGUACCUUUGAAUAUCGUGCCGCCAGCGGUCAUUACCUCUGCAAUGAUAAAGCUUACCGAACUAGAAGGAUCUCUUGUGUAUAGCUUUCAUUUUGCAAUAUGAAUUUUCGCGAUCGACCUACGCCUUCAUAUACUGUAAUAACAAUAAAAUAAAGAGAAGUAGCUGACAGAAGAACGGUGUGGAAGAACCACGGACUUUAUAAAUAAAUGAGAAUGUGUUUUGAAA